CCUGCUCGCUGCGCUGCGCCCGACCGCUGCCUACGGGGAGCUUCAGCGGCGCCGGGCCCGGGCUCCGGCUUCGUGUGCGCUUUCGGAACUUGCCGGCUGUCCCCCGUGUGCGCGCUGUGUUACGCUGCUGACCGACGCGGUACAUGCGGGAAUCGGGGGUAGUGGGGUUCUUCCCGUCCCCGAUGAGCGGUGUGGCCGCGCUCCCGAAAUGGAGGAGCCGGACCCGCUCCUACUGGGGCGCAGUGCCGCGUUUGGGACCCGGAGGGAAUUGGUCCGGGGGGUGCUCUUCCCCCGCCGCACCGACACGAGGGCUCGCAGCGCGCUUGGCGGAGGAUUCCCAGCUCUUCGCUGCGCCGCUGCAUGCCUUUGCGGUUUGUCACGGUUCCCCGUCCGCCAAAUUUGGUCGGUAGCGGUGCCCUUAGCGCCUGUCUCUGGAAGCAGUUUCCGUGCGCCCGUCAUCCGAAGCUGACGUCCGCUCACAGCUUCCCAAAGAACCGCCGCGUCGCUGUAGGCACGGCCUCGUUUAGAACAGCGUUUCUUAAUUGUCGUUUAUAGAGUUUGUGUCGGGAAUUAAGUAAGGUGAAGAGCUUAACCAGAGGGACUGACUCAUUCCGUAAUUCUCAGAUGAAAGAAGAUUCGGUUGGGAUGGAGCUGUGCAGUGAAUUCCCCAAACCACUGGGCUUGGUGGAGUUGGGCCAUAUGUAGCUCAGCUCCAGGCUGCGGUUGGUCGGUCAUUUUCCUGUCUGACGUUUCUUGGAUCUCUGUUGUACACGUUUAAGAAGACCUUCUAGGAGAAAAAAAAGAGUUCUAUUUUUUCCUCCAAAAGCACAGCCCUUAAAAAUAGCGCCUUUGUGUAUGGGGUAACGUCACUAUAUUUGGUGACAAAGCCAUAUAAAGCAGUGGAUGCUCGACAAAAAUAAAAUCUUUUGAUGGAACGACCUUGUUGAUUUUUCCAAGCAGGGCUGCUCUGCCCUCUCACUGGGGUUGGCCUGAUGCACAUUUUCCGCCUGCGUGUACCCUACGGAUUUUUCAUGGCUCUGUGCUAGGGGAAACUUGCACAUGAGGAAAGCACUUGGUGUUUUGCCCUGAUAUUUAUGAAGGCACGGGAGGAUUUUGUUUGCCUGCUUGCAUUCAGGCAACUUGCUCUUGCCCCUGUUCUUUGCCUCUGGUUUUGUUGGUGAGGAUAUCACAGUGAUGUCUGCAUUCAACCUGCUGCAUUUGGUGACAAAGAGCCAGCCAGUGGCCCUGCGAGCCUGUGGGCUUCCCUCAGGGUCAUGUAGGGAUAAAAAAGACUGUAAGGUGGUCUUUUCCCAGGAGGAGCUGAGGAAGCGGCUGACACCCUUGCAGUACCAUGUCACUCAGGAGAAGGGGACGGAAAGUGCCUUUGAGGGGGAGUACACACAUCAUAAAGCUCAAGGAAUAUACAAAUGUGUUGUUUGUGGAACUCCUUUAUUCAAGUCAGAAACGAAGUUUGACUCCAAUUCAGGUUGGCCUUCCUUCUAUGAUGUGAUCAGUCCCGAUACAAUUACUCUCACUGAUGAUUUUUCCUAUGGGAUGCAUCGGAUUGAAAUAUCCUGCAGUCAGUGCGGUGCUCACCUCGGGCACAUUUUUGACGAUGGACCUCGUCCAACUGGCAAGCGGUACUGCAUAAACUCUGCUUCAUUAUCCUUCAAACCUGCAGAGAAGAACAGCACCGGGGAAGGCAGUGGUAGCACCCGUCCUGCCCAAACAGGCAAAGCUGAGCUGUAGGACAUGGCAAGCCUGCAGAGAGCUGCUCUCAUCCUGCACAGCUCACAAGGCAUGUUUUCUGAGUUGCCUGCUACCUUAUAUCCUAAGAAUGUGUAAAUGUAUGAAAGCAUUUUGCACCAUCCUUUUUCUUCCACUCCUUUCUGGAGCCGAGGCCUUGCCUGCCAGUGCAUUUUACUAUAUAAUUGGAUUGAAAAAUGCGUUGACUGACUCCACGGGUUUUGUUCUUUUGAUUUUUUUUUUUUUAGAGGUUGCUUUGGGGAAUCCUUAAAUCAAGGGGCUUUGGCACUAUGAGUUAGUAGUUUCUUCCUCUAGGUCUGAAUAAUAUUCCUUUUUGUGUGGGAGACGGGAAUUGUGUUUAUCUCCAGUUUAUAGGAAAUUUCUGGGCAUAAGAAGUCCCAGAUUCCCAGCACAUCUCUGCUUUGUUCUGACUUGCGAGGCACACAGCCUUUGGUCAUAUGCAUUCAGCCAUCUCCCAGUAUCAGCCGCACCCUGCAAAGACUUGUAUUUAUGGCUGUUCCUUCCCAACUAGAAGAGAUGGAUAAGAUGCAGAGCCCGUCCUUUGGCUAACUCACUGCCAAAAUUUCAAGGGUGUGGUUGAAAGGGUGUCUCAGCAUCUGUUUUCUCCUUUGGUAUUCAAAUCAAGGUUCUAACUAGUAAGGCUCACUUAUGCAAGCUCCUAAUGAGACUUUGUUGUUUUGUGAGGCCUGAAAUCUGAAUUAAAGCUGAAAUCUGCAGGGAGCCAUUCUGUGGGCAAGUGCGGAGAUGAACCAGAGCACUGAUAGAUGAGGGAUGACACCAGGCUCUUUAUCUGGUCAGUUGCUUGACAGUAGGAUUCAGAAACAGGACAAUUUCUGCUAAAGGGGAGCUCAGGAACGCAGCAGCCGGAGGGACACCUGAAGGGCCCUGUCUGAAGGUGUGGCCUGGACACGUGCUGCCUGCAGGGCGUGGCCCUUGUUUUGUGCAACUGCAAUAUAGGACACGAGUGCGGAGUUGGUUUAAGAAAUGAAUUGGAAAAAAAGCCUAUCAAAGCUCCAGCAGUUUUCAUGUAGCAAGUAUUUGCCGUCCCGUAAGAUGUUCUUCACAGCUGCUUUUAGAUUUUGUUGAAUAAGUUUGCCUAGAAUUGUGCUUAAUACUGUUCCUUAAGCUAUAACAUAUAGCAUUUGCUGACACCGCUUUGCCUUUAAGCAUUGAGAGACUUGAUGAAUACAGUAUUCACUUUUAUUAGCAAACUGUGUGACUAACAUAUUUGGAUCCAGUUUUAUUUCCAGGAGGAGCAAAACAACCACUGAUUUUUAUGGAAGCAGGAUUGAGGUUUUUAUGUCGGUGAUAAUAAACACAUUUCCUAGAGUACGAACAUACUUCAGUUAAAAUACAGCAACUGUAAAAGCAUGCAGAAUGGCCAGAAUCGCCUUUUUGACGAUGUAACAAACGCAUGAAAAAAAGCAUACAGUACCUUAGCUUAGACUACAUGCAAAUCGGAUGAUAAAUAUUUAGAGCUGAAAUGCUCAGGCUGUGGGGCAGUGAGCCCCUACUGUUGUGAGCGUUUCCCCAGAUGUCAUAAAAGGAAUCACUCAUAACAAGGGUGCUGCGGACUGACCUGUGCUGUUUCGAGGCAGUCAAGUUCCUCCUGGUCCCAUCGGUUUUUAGCAGUUUCUUAGAGAAGGGCUGCUCUGAUUCCUCACUUUUAUUUAAAGAAAAGUGGGUUUUCUCAACCACGUUUUCUGACAUAAACGUAAAAAAAAGGCAGCAUCUAUAAAAAUGUGGUACAUAAAUGUGGUUUAAUUCCAGAUUGCUGUUGGAUUUAAGUGUUAUCAAAUUUCAGUCUAUUUCUGCCUUAUGUUAAAGAAAUAUAUUGCUUAAACUUCAGUAUGCAGUAAUGUGUGCUGUCCUACAGGAGAUUUAUUUUUGCAGGAUAUGGAGUGCAAUGAAAUGAGUCAAUAUGGUGAGGUGUA